AUGACUGAAAGUGACAUGUAUCGGGGGAGCUGCUCCGUGUUACUCCAGGCAGUGUUGACACAAGCAUGUCGAAUCAUCCUGGCUUUGUGCGCCACCGCAAAGGGAAAGGGCACAGUAAGCGAAAGAAUCACAGCAACGGUGGCUGCAUAUAUCUCAACGGUAGAAGCCUCUUCCGUCGUCGAGGGUGCCAGCAAGUACGCGAUGUUGACCGCAGUUCACAUGAUCCACUGCGAACACCACCCAUAUCGAGCGUGCCAACAUCAGCAUGGGGAGCUGGGCGCAGCUGUUGGAGUCGUCUUGAAGGAAGCGGGGCUUCGGUUGCACAUUCUUACGGCACUUACACAACUUAUCAUGAAGCGGUGCGGCAGCAGCGAGGGCUCCGUUGGGGUCUUACUGAGUCGUGCAGCGUCUCUCGAGAGCGUGCGACACGAGGCAGCUUCAACGAUGCCCAACGCAGAAGAGAACGUUUCAACAGAGCUAUUGUUGCAAGUGUUUCCUGAACUCGGGGUGGCCCCGUCAAAAGCUGAGAGUGGCGCCGUCGUUAUUAUUCAUGCCGUACACUGUGGUUGCCCCCAUCAGUGGUUUAGUCUGAUGCUACCAACCUUUUUGCUUGCUGCCACUAUGGAGGAACAUGUGCGGGUGUGGCGGCGCACGACGCUCUUGCUAAAGGCCUUCAGGCGGCUCCAGCAGCGGCGUGGAAUGCGCCUGCUGCGUGCGAUUGUUGAGGAGGUCAAUGCGCCAUCGUCUGUUGCGCCGCCAAUGGAGCGAUUACAAGCGCUACCGGACACUAUAACAUGUGGGGCUGGUCAGGAAGGUUACAUAGAAACAAGUAUUGUUGGAGUAAGUACGGUCAUGUUGGAGGAUGAAGAAGUAGGAAAGAAAGAUGAGUCGCGGGAUGGCAUCCAUACCGGGGAGAAUAGGUCGGAUCCUCCGGAGAGUGCCGUGACCAACAGUAGCAUUGUUGGCACUUGUAUCAUCCGUGGCGAUAGCGAUAAGCCUACAGUAUCAGGGGGUGUACCGGAUCCUGUGCGGCAUUUGUCGAGCUCAACAAGGGAACCCGACUCAGUGUCAUCGGCAGGCCAUAUCCGUGAUAAGCUUGUGAAUGAUUUUGUGAAAAAACGAAACACGCUAGCCGCCGAGCAUUUGAAACGUUUUUGUCUCUCUCAUUGGCGCUAUGCACGAAUGCACGAACGGUGUGCUAUCAAGCAACAGCUUCGUAAGCUGGCUGAGCGCACUACCCAGGAGUGUUGGACGCACUGGAAGAGCCGGUGGCAGUGUCACCGUGAGAUGAGGCGGAAACAAGACAUGGAAAAGCAAUGUGACAGUUUUGUCACGGAAAAGCUCCUCAAAUUGCAGAAACAUGUCUUUUCGUUUUGGAGGGCGUUGUUCCUUCUCAGGCAAUUUCAAAUUUGUAGGCUGGGACGGCGAUGUUUUGUUAGGUGGCGUUGCGCCUACACUUUUAUCAUUCAUUCCCGGGGUGACAAAUUACCACUCAUGUUACGGCAGGACAUGGGCAGCCGAUGUUUUCUUCAAUGGCGCGACGCCUACCGUCAGCGCGUAGCGGACCGUAUGUGUGCACGACGAUACUUCAGCCUCAUGCGUGAGCGGCUGGAGCGGUGGUCUAUUUGGAGGGAACAGGAGCAGGUUGCAGUGAUGCGCGAGAGGACGGCUGUUCAGCGUCGGUGUCUCAGCAACUGGUAUAGGGCCUGGAGGGUCCAGAGUUUGUGUACGCGGUUUAUUUCUAGUGCGUGUAAACGGCUGAAGUGCAGAGUGAUGACGGUUUGGCGUGUCCGAUGGUUGCGGCGAGAAGACACGGCGGAGCGCCUUCGUACGCUUUAUGCGUGGUGGAAUAGGCGAAUCGCCGCCCACUCCUUCCAUUGGUGGUGCAAACGCGUCCGUCUUCAACGCUCAGGUCGUCGUCUAUCUGAUGUGCGUGAGCGCCGUUUCUACCGCUUUGCUUGGGCGCGGUGGAGCAGUCGGGUUCUCUCUCAUCAGCGGUUAACUCAAAAACACGAAUUAAACGCUUCACGUAGGCGGCAGUGGGGGUUGCUGCGUGCGACGUGGUGCACUUGGCACAGGCGCUAUGCGAAGCGAGUGCAGCAACGCCAUGCGAGAAAUCAGGAGGAAACCCUAAAAUACGCGGCGGCCAUGCGGGAGCAGAGCCUCGUGGCGUCGGCCUACUUCACUUGGAAAAGGAAGGCCCACAUGAUCCGGCGCCGGCUUCCCGGAAAACCACCGGCAGCGGUCGGUGCUGGUGGUGGCACGAGUAUCCCACUGGGACUGAACCGGAGUUUCACGAAUAGAGAUGUGUCGCUUUUAACCAACGACGAGAGCUGUGAUGGUGAGAAAACAGGGGAAGAUUGUAGUUACGCAAAUAUUCAUCGAGUUCCGACAUACAAAACUUCCCACACAGGUGUAUUCAAUGUCUCCAAAAGAUGCCUUGAUCACAGGGAGCCACCAGAAGCAUUGCGUGCAGAACGGCUACUGAUUCGCAGUUUAGAUUCACCACGGUGGCAGGCCAUUGCCCACUCACGCCUCUUCAACAUCGGUGGAAACAUCACACGCAGCAACACGAAGGUGGACAAGUCAACAGUUUGCACUCAGGCUGACUACCGGCAGUUCCAACACCAAAAGCGUUAUUAUGAACAGGCGCGGUGGAACAGGAACGACGAGUUGCUAGACGUAACUCCUACAAUGCCAUCCGAUAUCGAAAACGAUGCAUGUCCGUCAGUGGAGGACAGUCAGCUGCCAGAUUGA